CGUCAUUGAAGAAAAUAUUAAAAGAGCGACGAUGAGUUUUACGCAUUAAAAAAUUUGGCUAUUUUUGCACAUGUGUGCUUGCCUUUUUAUCCUCCCAUGAUGUCUCGUUCAACAAAAGAAGUAACUACUAUUUUGAACAUUUUGAGUGAAGAGUCUGUCAAUAACACUUCAUUUGAGAAUCUAGCACAUGCCUUUCAUGAAGCUUUUCCCAAGUCAGAGCAUUUUAAUGUUGGAACAUUUCUGGUUCUACUUCUUCACAAUCCUGACUUCCUACCGACUGGUCCUCAGCGUUUGACAGCUCUGUUCUUACUAUGGGAGAUGUACCGCAAUGAGCCCAUUGGCUCUAACCCAUUUGCUCCAAUUUUUGUACACCUGCUGGGUAACUUGGAGGAUGCUCACAAUGGUCUCAAUCUUAUGCCUCCAAUCAGUCAAUCUGAAAAGUACUUUCUUUCGCAAAUUCUGGAUGUAACAUCUCCAUCGAGAGAGCUUUUCAAGAAAGUUCCAAGACAGAUCGUUGCAAUGGAUUUAGGCCCGAAUGCUCCAAUUAUAGAUAUAAGUGAGUUGCAGUUAGCAUUGGCACGGAAGCACUCUGAGCUCCCUCAAGUUAGUAAGGUAGCCGUUCCUUGUAUAAUGAGUGAUCCAGAUCCUGACGUCAGUGCUGAAGUUGAUCUUAAAGAAGCAGCAAAUGUCCUUGAAAACCUUGGCAGUGGGCCAAAUGCACCAAUGGAGAAAUAUUUUCAACCUGAAUUUAUACGUUUGCCGCCCCCUUUGCAUGUUUGUGAAGAUGAGUUAGUAUGGAUGAACCCAGUUGAAACUGAUAUCAAAGUGAUGUGGGAUUCAACAAUGUGCGUGAGUAACACUGCAGGACAUGAGGUCAAAAGGUUAAUGAGCAAAGCGUUUUCCGGUGCAUUGACUGUCCCCCAACAGCAACAACUUCUGCAAGAGCUGGAGAAAGACCCGAAGUUAGUGUAUCACAUUGGAUUGACACCAGCUAAGCUACCCAACUUGGUGGAAAAUAAUCCCUUGAUAGCUAUUGAAGUACUCCUUAAGUUGAUGCAGUCAAAUCAGAUUACAGAGUAUUUCUCUGUACUUGUCAACAUGGAAAUGUCAUUGCAUUCAAUGGAGGUCGUCAACAGAUUAACCAAUGCCGUUGAAUUGCCACAAGAGUUUGUUCAUCUUUACAUUUCAAACUGCAUAUCAACUUGUGAGACAAUCAAGGACAAGUACAUGCAGAACCGAUUAGUACGAUUGGUUUGUGUUUUUCUGCAGUCUUUAAUUAGAAACAAAGUCAUCAAUGUCAAGGAUUUAUUUAUUGAGAUGCAGGCAUUCUGUAUCGAAUUUAGUCACAUUCGCGAAGCAGCUGGUCUCUUCCGAUUGCUGAAGACAUUAGAUAGUGAACAGCAACAACAACAGCAGCAGCAGCAGCCAACAACAUCUACUGCAGCUACAGUGAAAAAAUGAGGCAAAAUAUAAGAAAACCUGUUUUUAAAAAUCAAAAGGAUGACAUAUACUUUGUUGAAAGUUUGACACUUUCUAAAUUAGAUACAAAUGACAACAAAGCUUAUACAUUCUUCCCUUGAAGGUAGCUAUGUGGUAAUAAGCAGCUUUCGAUUUGGACGACGCUGCGUUCUACGACUGCGCAUGUGAAUACAUGGGGAAGUCGUUCAUUGUGUGGCAACGUGAGUUUUAUAAAUACACGCUCGCUGGGGGCGCCUGCAUAAUUGAUCACGCGAUACAAAAAAGCAAGUCGUCCUGUAAAUCGAAACAGCUUUGAUGUUGAGACGGGAAGUGCAUAGUACGACGUUCAUGGUUGACUGAAUUCCCCCGUCGCAGCUCCCCGCGUCGCCCAUUUCGAAAGCUCGCUAAUAGUACUAAAUAUAGCGGUAGAUUUAUAAGGCUCGUAUUAUCAUGACCUGUAUUUUUAUCACAUUAUUAUCCCAAUUGUUGGAACAAAUAUCUAUGGAAUAUACCACAUUGUGGCAUAAAUCCGCGAAUGUUGUGUAAAGCCACCAGGUACUAACUUGCACUCCUAGCUGAAGAGAGGCAGUCGUAGGUAAAGUGCCCUGCCCAAGGACACAAGUGAAAUUCACAGCUAAGGUUCAAACCUCCGUUCUUAAGUUUAAAAUCCCAAUUUUGGUAGGAGAGAGAAAUAAUCAGUUACAUUGACUAGAACACUUAGCAAUAUUUUAAUUUUGUAUUUACCACUGUGUCACAUGCCUAAAAUGUAUAUAUAAUAUAUUUGGGUUGUUAGUGCUAAUACAAUAUUGCUUGAGUAUGAUGAUCUGUUUUUUAAUUAGUAUAAAAUAAAACUGAUACAGUUUGAAAAGGCUGUUGACUGUGUGGUGAGAUAUAACAUGCAUUAACUAAAGGGAAACAAAAUAGUUGUAUAUAGUAGAUAAAGAAGUCGAAGUAGCAAGUGUUAUUAUAAAAGGGUUUCUGACUUUAAAUUUCUAUGAAAAAUAUAUGUACAGUAGUAUGGUUAAUUACAAACUUAUUUGUAAUAUUUCUAUAACUUCUUUAAGCUCGGUAGUGAAGAUUUAGCAUUGCAGAGUGGGUAUCACAAUGGUGCUAUUACUUGAAACUUUGUGUUGAAACCAGAAAAUUACUGAAAAAAAUAAACAGAACAAUUUCAGAUACUGUAACAAUAGUAUUUUAUUUAUUUGUUUUUCUACUACAUCGGCAAUUUGUUUAUCAUUUGAAAAAACUACUUCAAAUAAUAAGUGGAAAUUUAAACUCUGGAACCCCCAUUUAAUACUUGCGUGGUUAUUUGUUGCAGUCAUUGCAUAACAGUAUUUAUUCUCUGUAUCUUUUAUUUUGUGUAAUGACAGUAAUAAAUUAUUUGCAAACAGUAUUGUCAUGUCGAAAAUAAUUUCAUAGACUCCUAUAAACAAAUAAAAGUGGACACUUAAUGUUUUGUUUCAUUCAUUUUCUAGAACUAAAAAAAGAUACAACAUACGUAAUGACAAUUGGUGAUAAGCGACCUUGUGACUUUAAUGAUUACUGUAGUUGGCCCUCUUCUAUUACGUUUCUUAAUUAUACAGUACAUACGAUGUAUGUAAUUAUAUAUAUCUCGCCAUAAUAAAAUAUUUAUUCAGAAUUUUAU